AUGUCAACUCCGACCACCGCGACGGCCACACUCCCUCCCCAUUACCGCCAUCCUCACCAGCACUCCCACUACCCCCCGUAUUCCCACCUGCAGGGUAACGGCCACGCCGGCUCUUAUCGAGCCGCCGCCGCUGCUGUACCGUCAGCGGCCCCGGCAAACCCUAUCCUCCCCACCCCCAGCAUCUCGGCGUCGAACUCGAACUCGAACUCGACAUCGACAUCGACAUCGACUGCCACUGCCGCUGCCACUGCAACUGUGACUGCAACUGCGACCCAGGGCGCCUCGACAGCGACAGCCUCUGGUCGACACGCUCCCGUCUCGACCCACGCCAGCAACGCCCACCUCUCGACCCCGGCCAAUGCUGGCAGCCAGCAAUCGUACAGGACUUCGACCACAAAUGGAGCGCACGCUUCUUCUGUGACCUCGACUGCUCGAUCCACUCAGGACUACGCCCGAACGGACUCGGCCUCAACUCCUCGCUCUGACGCAAAUCAAUACAACAUGCCCGCCUCAGCCGCGACGGCCCAGAACUACCAGGACAAUGGGCCGGCCAGGAAGCGCAGAAGGUCCAAGGGCCCCGAUUGGGACACGUUCUACAAGAACGGUUUGCCCAAGGAGAUCAUCGUCAUCGAUGAUACCCCCGAACCUGACGGCGAUGCGCACGAGCCGUCGUCGAAUUACUCGACAAGGACUUACACCAACGGGACGGUGAACGGCUCCGACACCAGCAGGCAUGUCGCCAAGAAGAGGAGAAAGGACGAUGUCCACCAGAAUGGCAGACCUGCCACCAACGGCUCUCACAUUGCCACGCCCACAAGUACCUCAACAUCGACAGAUCGCACGACCUCUGCCCACAACACCACGGCUGCGACGUCUCUCGGUUCACUGUCGUCGAAUGGCCACUACGACUACGAAGUGCAGUCGACUGGCCAGAAACGGAAGAGGACUCGGCAACAAAUAGCCCAAGAGGCAAAGCGUCGCGAAGUCGAAGUUCUCGGCGAGAGCUACGUGACUUACAGACCACCAUCCAAGCCUGUCAAGAAGUCUGGUGAAGUAGCCGUGAGGAUUGUUACCGACCGCUUCCAGAACGUCAAGGUCGAUGACGACGAUGGCCACUACAUUGUUGUUCCUGAUGCCGAACUGACCCCCCAAUAUCAAAUGCACAAGCUGCUAGGCCAAGGUACCUUCGGCAAGGUAGUGCAGGCACGGGAUCGGAAACGCAACAAGCUGGUUGCCAUCAAGAUCAUUCGCUCAGUCCAGAAGUACCGAGAUGCAUCACGGAUAGAGCUGAGAGUACUUCAGACCCUGAAGGCCAACGACCCUGAGAAUCGCAAUCGGUGUAUUCAUUUGCGCGACUGCUUUGACUAUCGCGGUCACAUCUGCAUCGUUAUGGAUCUCUUGGGCUCCAGCGUCUUCGAUUUCCUGAAGAUGAACACGUUUGUGCCAUUUCCCAACAGCCAGAUCCAGAGCUUUGCUCGUCAACUGUUUACUAGUGUUGCGUUCCUCCACGAUCUCAACCUCAUCCACACGGAUCUCAAACCCGAAAACAUUCUCCUUUGUGACAACGCGUAUCAGACAUUCACUUACAACCGCCGGAUACCUUCUUCGUCCGCCGCCACCGCCAGACAGUCUAACCAGCGCAAGGUCCUUCUGGACACUGAUAUCCGACUCAUCGACUUUGGAUCCGCCACCUUCGAGGAUGAAUACCACUCGUCGGUUGUCUCGACACGCCACUACCGUGCUCCCGAGAUCAUUCUUGGCCUUGGGUGGUCCUUCCCUUGUGACAUCUGGAGUAUCGGCUGCAUUCUCGUCGAAUUCUUUACUGGAGAUGCUCUGUUCCAGACACAUGAUAAUCUCGAGCAUCUGGCCAUGAUGGAGAAUGUCUGCGACAGCAGAAUUGACACGCACUUGGUGCAGCAGGUCACCAAGAUGGCAUCGCGAAGCGGCGGCUCUGGGGGAAACCCGGCGUCGAAGUACUUCAAGCGGUUCAAGCUUGACUAUCCUACACCGGAUACGACGCGGGCUUCGAGGCGCUUCGUUAAGAACAUGAAGCGCUUGUCGGAUAUUAUCCCAACUUCGAGCAAUUUCUUGAAGCAGUUCCUGGAUCUUCUUGAGAAGAUCUUCGUCUAUGACCCCAGCAAGCGCAUCACAGCUCGACAAGCUCUCGAACACCCUUGGUUUAGGGAGAUUGCCAUACCCGAUGAUGGCACCGAGGCGGCCAAGAUCAGAUUGGAGAGGAUGAGAGCAGAACCAGAGUACACUGGCCAUCGGCUUCCUCCUCUGCAUGUAUGA